AUGGACUCAUCCGGUACAGCAUUCUCCAUUCCUUCCGGCAUGGAGAGCUUUGUCGUUGGCCUGAUCGGCAUGGGCGAUAUGGGCAAGAUGUAUGCCGAGAGGCUAUCUGCCGCAGGCUGGAGAAUAGAAAUUUGCCGAAACGGCCACUAUGUCUCCCGCGCCAGCGACUACAUCAUCUACAGCGUCGAAGCCGCCGUUAUAGACCGAGUGAUAUCCCAAUAUGGACCAUCGACCAAACUCGGUGCCAUCGUCGGCGGGCAAACAUCGUGCAAGUCUCCUGAGAUCGCCGCCUUCGAAGCCCACCUCCCGGCCGACGUGCACAUCAUAUCGUGCCACUCCCUUCACGGCCCGGGGGUCCCGCCGGCCAAUCAGCCGCUGGUCAUCAUCCAGCACCGUGCGCCUGACUGGGCGCUACGCCAGGUCGAGGCCGUGCUGUCCUGCCUCCGGUCCCGGUUCGUGCACCUCUCCGCCCGGGAGCACGACCGCAUCACGGCCGACACGCAGGCCGUGACGCACGCGGCCUUCCUAUCCAUGGGGAAGGCGUGGCACGCAAACACCCAGUUCCCGUGGGAGCUGUCGCGCUACGUGGGCGCCAUCGAGAACGUCAAGAUCAACACCAUGCUGCGCAUCUACAGCCAGAAGUGGCACGUCUACGCCGGCCUGGCCAUCCUCAACCCCGAGGCCAGGAAGCAGAUCGCCCAGUACGCCCGCAGCGUGACGGACCUGUACAAGCUCAUGCUCGAGGGCGACCUGGACGGCCUGCGCGACCGGGUCCGCGCCGCUCGCGACAAGGUCUUUGGCCACCCGUCCUCGUCCCGGUGGGACGCCAGGCCCCUCCUCAAGCCCGAGGUCCUGUCGUCCUUCUCGCUCGGCAACCCCGCCCCCGAGGAGGGCGCCGCCGACCACCGCCCCAGGCCGAACAACCACCUCAGCCUGCUCGCCAUGGUCGACUGCUGGGCUGCCCUCGACAUCGUCCCCUACGACCACAUGAUCUGCAGCACGCCCCUCUUCCGCCUCCGCCUCGGCGUCACCGAGCACCUCUUCACCGACACGGACAUGCUCGAACAGACCCUGCGCACCGCCGUGUCCGACCUCACCUACCGCAGUGACGAUCUCGAGUUCACCUUUGCCGCCAGGGCCUGGGCGGAGUGUAUUGCCAUCGGCCACUUUGAGACGUACGAGAAGCUCUUCGUCAGCACACAGGAGUUCUUCCAGCCCCGCUUCGAGGAAGCCAAGAUUGUCGGGAAUCAGAUGAUGAAGAAGGUCCUCGAAGGGAUGAAGGAGUGA